GUAACCUUAGAUUCUUUCAGGGUUUUCGUAAUCGUACGCUCGUAGUUUUUCAGUGGCUAUUCAUCCAUUGCUUGCUCUGCCGCUCUCUAAAAAUGUUCUGGAUACAUUAGCUACAAUUGCAAAAACGUACCCUGGCCAUUUUCUUCCAUCCAGCCUCCGAAAAACGCAACAUACGAUAGCCAAGGAUAGCGGCAGCGAUUCUAAUGUGAAAGAUGCAAGUCCACCUAUGGACUUGUUUUGGGAACUGGUCCAGGCAUCAUCAUGCAAAUCUCUCACUGCUAAAGAAGCGCGAGAAAGUGGGGAGCGCAUGUCGUUAGAAACGUCCCAUGUUGGUCGUCUAAUGCGACAUUUGAGUAAACCUGUGGUUGCAAAAACGGGCACCAUUCAAGAUCGUCUUCUGCGGGUUAUUAGCACGAUUGUUCAAACUCUUCCCAAUGAUACAAUGACACUAUUGGGUAAUUUGGAAGGAGCACACCCACUCGAGAGCCAGCUUAGGGCAGUGAUUGAUGUGCUUAUGCGUGGCUCGUGUAGCAACGAAGGCUUGGCUGAUGGACGGUACGUUUCAAAUUUUAUUACAUUAAAGUGGUGUCAUGCUGCGUUAUACUCUGUUACUCUUCGACAUCGCAGCAUCCCUUAA